AUGUAUAUAUGUAUAUUGUAUUCUACAGACUACUAUCAAAGACUCACUUUACAAAGCUGGUUUUCUAACUUGGAACAAUCGCCAUUGAAUCGUAGUCAAAAGUUACCGGCACCGUACAAACAACUUAUUGACGAAAUCAAGCAAAACUAUCUACGAGAGAACGACUGGAGAACUGACAAUUUGACUAACAAUAGCCAACUCUUAACUGUGACAAUAGACGGAUCGAAACGCACCAAUGACAUUACGAGCCUUCAUAGCCGAUAAGAUCACGGCUUACCUGACUGACGACCAAUACCAUCGCAACGCAAUUGACGUACCAAUCAGGCCAAUGACCAGAGUAUAAUACCAUCAACUGACGUGAUACAACUCACUUUGACUCUGAAGAUGACGUCAGGCACUGUCAACAACAACAGCCUAUUCAGGUCCUAUUGAGGACUUCCGUGGCCGUAAACCAUUCCAUUCCAAGAAUUAAUUGGGGAUCAUUUCGGGGUCGACGAGAAAAGAAAUGAGGAUCAUAUUGGGAUACAGGAAUCAUUUGGGGGGCGAAUUGGGGAUCCUUUCAGCUAGGGUUGGGGAUCCGUAGUUUCGCCGUCGGGAUCAUUCGAGGCCCUGUAAAAUUACUCCUGUCAUUACACGUAGUUCAUUUAAGUAUGGAAUGUUAUGGAAUUGAUAUCGUCUUAUUCAUUGCAGAUGGCGUACACAAAAUACCAGUUAGCCAGGUGGAAAUGCCCAGUCAGGGCGGAAGGAUAACGCCAAUCGAUGAAAAAUUUGUCGAAAGCCUGAUGCCUGAAGGAAAUUAUGACGCACUUUUCUUUUUGUGCAAAAAUUGCGAAUCCAAGGCUGACCUUGAUAUUGCUAAAUUGCAUUCAUCUACAUAUGGAGUUAUUGGUGACGCACAUAAUAGCACAGCUGCAAAGGAAUUUAAUUUGAAGUUUCCUGGAAACCCCUAUUAUCAGUUUAGAAACACCAGGAUUUAGCAUUAUCAGAAAUCUUUUUGAUGGCUCUUCUACUAUCUCGAUCCUUGAGAGAGCCAGAAGAAAUCGAGGCGAUAUACAAAGACGGAAAAUUAAAGGGACAGAAACCAUUCUUAUCGGAGAUGUUGUCGACACCGUCAAUCAAGCAAAUCCAUCGCAGAUGCCUUAGUGCCUUACACCAGAAGAAAGAUACCAGUUGCUCGCGCAGGCAAGUCCUUCACCAUUAUGUAACCAUUAUUUCACUCUCAGCUCUAAAAAGUAGUCUACUAAUUAAUAACCUUAUAAUAACCGUAUUUUUCCUUCUAGGUCAAUAACUGCGAAAUUACUUUAGCAGAGAUGAAACAGGCAGCCAAGGAAAUAAAGAAAUUCAAGUCCAUUCAAAUUGCUGUUAUGAAUUCUUUGCGCUAAAAACUUGGGUAGAGACCAAUGACAAAUUCGGCGACGAAGUGAGUCCAAACACCUUAGCCGUUCUUUGGUGAGUAAUUUUGAUAACGAACAGGCUAUUACAAGGUCAGACGAAGAUUAUAUGUUUAAAGAAAGUUUUGUUGAAGGUAACUUUGUCUGAUGAAAAUAUAAAAAAAUGGGCCUACCAAAAUGUGGAGACUUUCCAUGCUUGGAGUAAUGUUUAGAAAUAUGAUAUGGAUCUGAAAAUAAAUCAAAGAAAAAGUUAAGCAUUUUGUGAAAAGAUCGUUAUAUCUAGGUCAGAACACCAUCUUUUGUGUUCUAUGACGGCUUAUAGGUUUUCGUAGAAAAAAAAUAACCCUUGUUUUGCUAAAUCAUGUGUUAGUUGGGCUAACCAGAAGCCCGUUUUCGAUCAAUUUUAAGGUAAGAGUCGGUGUAUUUCUAAACAACGAAACUGAUUUGGCUUUGACAAUAGUCCAGUUUCGAAUUAAAAAUUACCGCUGAAUAUAAACAUUAACGACACAUUCAUACAGGGUUAGCCUCGACGUAGAGUAAAAUAUUCAGAAAUUCAGGCAAGUAAGUGUUUAAAAUUUGAAUAUACACAAUAGACAGUGUAAUAAACAGGUCUUUUUCUCGCUGGAAUUUGUGAAUAUAUUACUUCAGAUUGAGGCUAAGGCUGUAAAAAAUACGUCUUCACUUCUUUAAUUCAGCGGUCAUAGCGAACUCGAAAAUGGACUAUUAAUUUUCACUUACCAAAUACGGAAUGAGGGCUUCUUGUCAACAAUUUGGUUUGUUUAUUGCCUGAAUUAUGCUCAAAAUUCCAUUUUUCAUCGCAUUAAAGGAACAUGAAGUGUUUGUUCCAAAAAUUCAAUAAACCAUAAUAAGCCAAAUUUUUCUCACCUAAUUUUGAUAAUUGGGUGGCCAAACUCUAGCCCCAGGCUCAUCUCUGUGCAAUAUCUUGAGGAUAAAGUUUCAAGCAUAAACUGAAAGCUCUAUUAUAGUAGAGUUCAUGGUUAAACUCAUUUGACAGCACAAUUUACCUGUGGGGUCUUAUGGCACUUUUAAAAUGCCCCCUGCAAGGCGGGAUUUUUGGUGCUCAAAAAGCACAAAGUGAGACCCCCUCCCCCCCGUAACUCCAAAACUUAAAGUCAGAGAAAUAAGCUAAAGUGGCUUUUGAAAUGUCUCAUCACACCCAACUUCUGUGCCAAGUUAAAGCCAAAUCAGUUGACCACAACGUUUGGCGCCUAGAACACUUUCUCCCAAUGACUCUUAACGACAUUAGUUUUCUAGCGUUGUACGGAAAAUUUGGGUGCGUAGGUACGAUUUUUUCAAGAUGCAUCCACAAAAUGUGUUCAUAUAAGGAAAUUCCUGGAUAUAUAAGGUCCGGAGCUCCACUGUGGACACAAAAACAAAAUAUCUUUGUAUAGUGAUUUGCCCAAAGAAAUUCACACUCGCUAACAAUGUGUUUUAAGUCACUGAACUUUGUCGUACUCGAGCGGAUAUUUUAAUUUAAACCCACGCUCGAUCGGCGACUUAUAGCUUCGCAGAUCACUAAAAUGUAAACCAGAUACUCAGUGUAGAAGUUUUGAAAACGUAGGAUCCCAAAACCGCCUGCUAGUUUGCCAUCCUUAGCCGGCUUCUUUCAUUUCCUUCUACACAGGAUCUAACAAAAGAUAAGUACCAUCGAAUAAAAUUGCAAAGCAUCCGUUUCCCAGUUUUGAAUGACAUUGAACGCAUUUAUUUAAACAACGUUAGAUUUGUGAAACCUCAGAACCGUGCAAUGUCGUGGAACGUCUGAGUCAUUUCUGAGGCUCUAACAAAAUGCUUUGGAAACGUGAAUCACAAGGUGUCUCAUUUGGCGAUCACAAAUACUUUUUGUCUUUUGCGUAUGAUUGUGCAGGUGGUUCUACACCUACAGUCCUUUUCUAUCACCAACAAAUGCAAGAGCCUCACGCAUCCUCCUGCUAUCGUGGUACAGUUAUGUAUGAAGAUGUAUAGUGCUCCAAAGUAUCGCCAUUGGACAUGUUAUUGUUUGGCUUGGUUUUCCUUUUCACAUUUCUUUUCAUACGUUUUUUAUUUCCCAUUCCAUAGCGUCUAUCCAGACUUCAACGUUCUCCGGCUUUUCUUUUUCGCCUGUGGGAAUCAUCUUUCUUGAUUACUUCUUGAUAAAACCGUUCCUUGAAAUCCAUUCCCAUUUUCUGCCUCUUUCAGGAAUUGAUUGGAAUUUUGCUGUAACCGAAAAACCACGCAACCACGUUACUGAACAAUAGGGUCCUUUCGAUAUUUUUGACCGCGCACUCCUGAGAACUAGGUAGUCGCAUGUAAGCGAGGCUUAGAGGACACAAGAUGGCUGACUCUGCCCCUGGCAGUUUUCACUGUAAACCGGUUCCUUGGUUAAAAGAAUACUUAAAAACAGGGGCAUUCAAAGCUCAGGAAAACGUAAGGUUGAACUGGUAGAACUUUGUGAGAAAAGUGAGGAGAUGAAAGUCCCAAAAAUUGCUGAAGAGGAAGCACCAGUCGAUCCAAGAAUUUCUAUGAAAGAGCAAGUUAAAACCGAUGAGGGAGAUCUCGCAAAUCCGUUGGAUAACGAAAACCGUGUUUUUUCCCAAUGGACCAAAAACUUUACUAACGUACCGGACUUUAGAUUCCCGGAUGUUUUUAAUUGCCUGGUGGGAAAAGAUCCCGUAUACAACAGCGAAAGCCUAAAAAGUUUGCCAAAAAAGUUUGCUGUAAAGCCAACUGAGAAAUCCAAGACUGAUGAUGGUUCAGCAACAUACAGAGGGUUUUUCAUUUUAAAGAAGGAUGGAAGUAACAAUUCAGCCUACUGCUUAUGCAAAGUGCUUCUUUUGAUUUCUGAAGCCUGUCUAUGUGCUAGAUAUUCCAUAAACAUACGUUUGAGAAUCAAAACGUUUGGUCUUUUCAGUUGUUUUUCUCUGUGACAGGUUUUGUUUUAUUCAGAUUCGAAGGUUUAUAUUUCCCUUGUAGCAGUUGUAAUAUGAGUAAAAAGUAGAUGCCUCCUGAAUUGAAGAUCUAAAUCAAUGGAUGCAUUAUUUUAAGUCUCAAACCAUCUGGAUCAUUUAUGACUUCAGCACUAAGUAUUAAAACAGUAGUUCAAAGUCAGAAACUUUGGAAUUCUUUAUCUAUUGAUGUUAAGAAAAUCAAACCAUUUUCCAGUUUUCGUCGACAUAUCAAGAAUUCUGUGAUUGAUGGUUAUAAUACUAUUGUUGAUUCCUAAUGUUUUACGAUUAUAUUAUUAUUUUAACUACAAUUUAAUUAAUGAAGUAAUACUUUUUAUCUAAAACAACUAUUUUGUAUCUGUAUUCCUUCUAUUCAUAUUCUUGUUUGGGUCACCUACUCGGUUAGUUCCACAAACUAUUUAGGUGUCCCAAACUCUGCACAAUGAACCUACAAUUGAAAUUUUCUUUCCCUUCACAAUCUCUCGAUUUUAUAUUUUAAAGGACUAAUUUAUAUUAAUUAUAGUUAUUCUGUGUGAGUUUAAAUAAAAAUUGAUUUGACUUGACUUGGCUACUUUACAGUCUAUCAGUGUGAACAAUGUGAGAUACAUAUUUGUCAUAUUGGUCCUCCUUUAAACAGGGCAGAUGGAGGUUGCCGGCACAUAGCUGCAGCAUUGUUUGAUCUAGAAGUAAAUGUGAGAUUCAAUGAUCUCCAAUCAUGUACAUCAGGACAGUGCAUGUGGAAAAAGAGAGGAAAGAGAAAUGAGGGACGUUUGCCCAUUCAGGACCUUCAAACGAGUGGUAGUUACGGUGUGACAUUGAAAGACCCAAUUCACCUAAGAGAUUUUAAUCCA